GAAGCAGCGACUUGAGAAGCGUUGGAACCAGCAGCAGCCAUGAACAUGAAAACUGCGCUCGUGCUGCUGCUCCUGGCCCUGGCCACAAUCUUUGCCCUCGUCUGUGUGCUGCUGACCCGGGCACGGGCCCCCAGCGCCUGCCAGCAGCAGCCCCCGGCACAGGAGGAGGACGAUGGCCACAGCCGGGUCUUUGCUGACCUGAGCCCCGAGGAGCUGGCACAGGUGGUGCAGUACCUGCGGGGCAGCCUCGGGGUGCCGCUGGUCGAUGCGGCGCGUGCCAAACCUUCCGACAACUGCAUUGCCUCUGUGGAUGUGCAGCUCCCGGCCAAGGCAGAGGUGCUGCGGUUCCUGGACGAUGGAGGGGCUCGCCCGCCCCGGGAGGCACUGGCCGUGCUGUACUUUGGGGCCCAGGCUGAGCCCAACGUCACCGAGUACGUGGUGGGCCCACUGCCAGCACCAACCUACCACCGGGACGUCACGGUGCAGAAGUACGGGGGGAAGGUGCCGUACCACCGCAGAGCUGUCACUGGUGCGGAGUACGCAGCCAUCAACGAGCUCAUCCAGAAGGAGCUGAAGAAGGCACCGCGCUUCCUCGCUGCAUGCUGUGCAUCUGACGGAACCAGCCUGGCCACCAUCACCACUGCUCCCCGCGGCUUCAAGUCUGGAGACCGCACCACAUGGUUCGUCCUCUUCCAUGCCAUUGAUGGCAGCGGUUUCUUCGUCCUGCCUGUGGGGCUGGAGGUGCUGGUGGAGCAUGGGCCGCUCGACGUCUCCCAGUGGUACCUGCGCCAGGUCUUCUACAAUGGGCACUACUUCUCCAGCACCGCUGAGCUGGAGAAUGCGUUUGUGACCAAGUCACUGAAGGUGGUUGUGGUUCAGAAGCCCCAGGAAGACACAGUGCUGGGCUCCAUGAGACCCCUCCUCUCACCUGGUGCUCCGGGGCCACUUCAGUUUGAGCCCCAGGGUCCCCGCUACAGCAUCAGGGACAACCACGUCACCUACCAGGGCUGGAGCAUUGCCUUUGGCAUGAACCCCAACACUGGCCCACGGUUCUUUGACAUCCGUUUCCGUGGGGAAAGGAUAAUCUAUGAGCUGAGCCUGCAGGAAGCCUUAGCUCUGUAUGGCUCCAACUGUCCUGGGGGUAUGUCCACCCGCUACCUUGAUGGCAGCUUUGGCAUCGGCAGAUUUGCCUACGAGCUCGUCCGGGGUGUUGACUGUCCCUACACGGCCACCUACGUGGAUCGGCACUACCUGUCAGAGUCAGAUGUUCCCAGAACCAACCAGAACUCACUCUGCAUUUUUGAGCACGACACUUCCCUUCCUCUGCGGCGGCACUUCUCUGACACGCAUUCCUUGUACUAUGGAGGGCUGCGGAAGAACACCCUGGUCAUCCGUGCUGUCUCCACGCUCAUAAACUAUGACUACGUCUGGGACUUCAUGUUCUACAGCAAUGGGGCUGUGGAGGUCCGGGUCCAUGCCACUGGCUACAUCAGCUCCUCCUUCUUCCAUGGCCAAGGCACCACCUAUGGCAACAAGGUUGGGCCACACACACUGGGGACGAUGCACCUGCACCACAUUCACUACAAGGUGGACCUGGAUAUUGAUGGGCAGCUGAACUCCCUGGAGUCCCAUGACAUGGGGUACCAGACGAUAAGCGUCCCCUGGAGCCCAGAGAACACCCUCCAGCAGCCGUUCCUCCACCGGGAGAAGCUGGAGAGAGAGAAUGAGGCAGCGUUCCCCCUCAAUGCCUCUCUCCCCCGCUACCUCUCCUUCACUGGCCCCAAGCCCAAUCGGUGGGGACACCUUCGCAGCUACCGGGUGCAGGUGGUCAGCUUCCCUGGGGAGCACCUGCCCACCAGCAGUCCCAUGGAGAAAGCCAUCAGCUGGGGCAGAUACAAGCUGGCUGUCACCAGGCGGAAGGAGGAGGAACCCACCAGCACCAGUGUCUACAACCAGAAUGACCCUUGGACUCCCAGCGUCGCCUUUGCUGACUUCAUCAACGAUGAAAGCAUUGCUAACGAGGACCUGGUCGCGUGGAUUACUGUAGGGUUCCUCCACGUUCCUCAUGCUGAGGACAUCCCUAACACAGUGACUGUGGGAAACAGUGUCGGCUUUUUCCUGAGGCCCUACAACUACUUUGACCAGGACCCCUCGCUGUACUCACCCGACAGCAUCUAUUUCAGCAGUGAGCAGGGGAUUGGGGCAUGUGGAGCCAACCCCCUCGCCUGCCUGCCCGCAGCCAGCUGUGCCCCACGCCUGUCACCCUUCCAAUACGGUGGCUUCGUCAACAUCAGCCUGGGCCCCCCGCUUGGCAGGCGCUGAUGGGGUCAAAGAGGAGGACAGGUACUGCCUGGACUCUGCCCACAUGCUGACGCAGGCAGUACUGACCUUGUUUCCAGCCCCAGCGCUGCAAUGGACUGAGAAUCUUCUGGAUGAAACCCUGGUGCUAAGGGGCAGCCAAGUGUGACAGCGUGCGCUGCGCGUGCCUUGGCCGUGUCUGGUGGCCUGGGAACCAUGGGGACGCCGUGUCCUGGAGCCAGCUGCUGUCACUGCAGGGCAUGCAGCUCCUGGGCUGCCAGCUCAUCUGGCUGUGGCUGUAGGGGAGCCAUUGUUCCCAUUCCAGUUCCUGGCCUCUCCCAGAUGCAAUCCCCAUUUUGUUGCUGUGACUCCUUCCAAAGGGGCUGGAGUGUGCUUGUCCUGCUUGUCCCCAUCCCCCAGUUCCUUUUGCUCCCAUUUUCUGCAGUGAAGCUUUUGAGGGAUUAAUUGCUAACUGUUCAAAACAUCUUGGAUGUGGGAGCCAAGCCCACUGAAUUCCUUUGUGCUGGCCAAAAGCUUUCAGUUGAGGACAGUGAAAUGAGUUGCUGAGGAAUUUAGUUUUACAAGAGUAAUUCUGUUUUUGUGCAAACUUCUGCUCCAUUUUGGGUACUGGCGGCUGGGAUGCUGUGCUCUCCCUCAGGUGAUGCUGAUGUGUGACCUGCUGCACUGCCAUGCUAUCUCCAGCCUCCUGCUGCUCUGCACCUCAAGGUAGAUCUCUAAACAUUUUCACUGCCAUAAAGAAACUGGUGUUGGCCAAUAAAAACGGCUCUUCCUUGACCUGGCAGUUGCAA